UUCCGCUCCGGUGAGGAGUGGAGUGGAAGGGGCGGGGAGGGGGGGACCGGGAUGUGGCGGCCGCAGUCCCGGCCGGGCGGUACCGGGGGGGAGGCGGCGAGCUCAGAUGGUCAGGAGCAGUUAAUGCCCGCAGGCUCUCUUCGUAAAAAGAAACUGGCAAAAAGACCUGGAUACAUGAGGCCAGAAGCUCGGCGACAGAUAGAGUUUCAGUCCCUGGGUACCUGCAAGCCAUUCAACCCAGAAGAGCUCAAACAUGGCAGGCAGAGUUGUGGAGACUUUGAGAACUGCUCUCUACACAGACAAUACAAAAAUAACUUUGAAUUUUUAUGCUGUAGUUCAGUUGCAAAUAGUGCUGUAGUUCCCUCUAAUGGGGUAACGAUGUUUGCCACUAGUGGAAGUAUGCCAGGGAGCUGCAAAAAUCUUUCAUGUUACAGGAGUCCACAGUCAGAAAACACGGUUUACCCUGCUGCAGCAACAAGCAAAGAAGAUGUUUCUGCUGUAUGCUCUUCGUGGCAGAAGAGCCAUGGUGGUAAAGUGAGUGAUCCCCAACACAGGUAUGCUUUGGAUCAGACAGAAGUGAAUAAUAACUGUGAAUAUCAAAACAGAGGUGUUGUUUCUCGAUCUGUUAGUACACAUGAUAGCUUUAGUUCAAGUUUCAGCUUCAUACAGCUCUCCCUGAACUCAUUCUCUGGAGUAAGCGAUGCUGAAGGCAAGUCAACCAUCAAGGAAGCUGAGUACGUUCUGCAUCCCAGCACUGCAGGAAAUCUGCAGAGGCCAGAAGACAUGGUGCAGACUCAUGAGCACUCGCGAGCUUUGCAUUCCUUCUCCAGGCCCAGAGAGGAUUUGGAGUAUGAAAAUGAGACCACAGUGAAUGAUAAACUACAGGACUGUGAGACUGUCUCUCUCUCAGAUACAGAUGCAACACUUUCAUAUUCUACAGAUUCCUCGGAUGCAGCAUCUGCUGGCUCUUCUGUCACCUCAGGCUAUGAGAGUAGCUUUACUGUUAGUGACCAUAACUGGGAUACUUUGAUGAAAAAAUAUGAACCAGUGCUACAGGACUGUCUGCUUGGCAACCGCAGUACGUUAAAGAUAAAAUCCUUGAUCUUACGGCUUCAGAGGCUUCAGGAAAAAGCAAUAGAGGAAGAUGACUAUGAUAGAGCUGAUAAAUUUAGACGGAAACUGGAAGAACUGGAGAAGGAGAAAAAUUCCUUAAAAUUUCAGCUUCCUUCAAGGCAUCCUUCAGUCAGCAGUUUUUUGGAUAGGUUCAUUACCCAAGUUCAAGCAGCAUUGCGCUGGGCUGCAGAUCAUCGGAUUAGACAUGAAGGAACCCAGCUUUGGCAUGAAAAUGAAUAUAAACUUUUGAGAUCCACUUACGAGGAGAGGAUGCACGUUUCGGCCACAAGACGAAACCAACUUUUUCAAGAAAAGAAAUGGUUACAGAAAGAAAUUGAAGACCUUCGAGCAAGACUGGCCCUAUUAGAAGCAAAAGAUCAACAGCUAAGAAGAGAAAUUGAAGAGCAUGAUAGGCUUAUUCAGUCACAAGACUGUGAACUGACUGUUUUACUUGGCUGUGUUUCUUUGAAAGAACUCCAGGAAAUAAGCAAGGCUGUGGAUGACACUCUAGCAUCCUCCUAUCAAAUUCCAUUCAGUCUGGAUCUUCCAGGGACAAUAAAGAGCCUUCAGGAAAAAGAACAAUUGUUCAGCACGUCCAUUAAAGAAACUACUGCCAAAGUUUGUACGAGUCAGAAACUCUGCAGUACUUUGAGGAGGAAAGUGAGUGAUAUUGAGACUCAACUACCAGCUCUACUUGAAGCCAAAACGCUGGCUGUUUCAGGAAGCAAUUUUGGUACUGCGAAGGAUCUGACAGAAGAAAUAAGAUCAUUAACAUCUGAGAAAGAGGGGCUGGAAGGACUUCUCAAUGAACUGCUGGUUCUGAGUGCCAGAAAUGUCCGAAAAUUAGAGAGAAUUAAAGAUGACUACACCAGAGUGAAACAAGAACUUGAACAAGGAGAGGCUGCCUUUGUGACCAGUGUAAAAGAAAAUGCUGAAAAGUACAUGGAGGUCCUGGAGGAUAAACUACAUAGCUGCGGGAGCCAGCUGCUCCAAAGAGUGUGGGAAGCUGACUUGGAGGCCUGUCAGCUGUUGAUCCGAGGGUUUCAACUGAAAGAAACCAGUUGCUGUCUUUUUGAGGAAGAGGAGAACCAAAUGGAAGAGACGGAGAUGACUGCGGACGGCCCAUCUGAUUCUGAGAAAAGAAAAGAAGGUCACUUUCCAAAGGGCACAGAGUGGGGCACUUUUCCCUGCCUCAAACACAGUGAGCUAAAAGAGGUUAUGGAAGACAUUUCAUUUGGAGCAGAGGGUCAUUUAUCUGAGGAGUUCUUCAUAUUUUCUGCAGAGUUGGGAGAAAAAUGUGAAGCAAUAAGUGAGAAAUUGGUGCAUCUGGAAGAUCAACUGCAGACUUCCUCCUGCAGAGUUGAUGAAGGACUUGCACAGUCUCUGCAGAGGGAGAUCCAGGUGGUGAAGGAGACGCUCCAGACCGUGCUGGUGCAACUUCAGCCAGCCAGGGAGGCAGGAGAAGAAAAGGCUGGAACUUCCUCUGUGACAGCUGGUGUCCAGGAAAACAAGACUUGAAGGAAUAAUGAGCAGAAAGAGCUGGUAGGAUGACAUUAAUUCACAAAGGGCUGCUUUUAGUAACUGAAUACUCUUUUACCAAGCCUCAGGGAUCUCUUCUCUCCCUGUAUAACUAAUAACUAAAUCAAUUAUGGAGAAACAGAGCCUGGAGGUCUAUCAUCAGAAGUAUUCCACACAGCCUCACAGGUUUUGGCACAGAUUGGGAAACAGCUUUCAGAGCAGAGCAUCCCCUGUAAAUGUGUAGAUUACAAAUUGAUACAUUUCAAGUGAGUCUGCAAAGUUGCCUUUAAUGUCAGUGAAAUGUUCUCCUUGAAGACUCGUAAACAGUAUCUGUCUUCCUUACUCAUGCAUUUUUUCCCUCUGAUUUAAAAAUGUAGCGUUAAAGCUGGAACAUCUAGUAUUUCUUGAAAAAUAGCUGUAAGAAUAAGAAGUAGUUUGGUGUUUUUUGUUUUUUUUUUCCUUUGGCUUAAACAGCUUUCUUACACUGAAUGUAUUUUCACAUUCCUGCUAAUAAUUAAAUCAAUAGGAUGAAAUUCAAGCUAACCACGUUCUUUCAACUGAAAUUUGGACCUCAUUUACUCAGUGGUAUUGAGUACAGUGGAGGUAACUAACAGCAGCCUCUAUAGCAGUAGUCUAACUCUUUUCAUUUAGGUAUUAAUAUUAACUUGCUUUAGGAUUACAGGGGUUGUAAAGCACAAAAAAAUUUGCUAUGUUGGUGAUUUGUGUUCCUUAUAUUUAAAUAUGGUAUGAACGAUAAGUCAUUUAAAUCUCCUUGUAAAGUUUAUUACUACUAUUAUAUUACUUUGAUCUUCCUUAUAAACUUCAGAAGAAAUGCAGAUAUUUUUUUUUGCAAUAGACACAUAUGUGUGUAUAUAUAUAUAUAUAUACACACAUACACACACUUAAACAUGUAUUUUUAUAGGAAAUAAAAGCAAUGUUCACCUGAAGCCAACUAAUAUAAAUGACCUGUAUUUAGAUCAGUGUUCAAAACAGUUAAUGCCUUUAGGAAUUCAUUGGGUACUCUUGCUUGGAUACCAGAAUAUCUCUGAUGUCACAAAAAAUGUUGUUUCUGCCAUGUGUUGCAGAGGGAGAAUUUAAAAAAAAUCUGAUUCUUUUUUCUAAGCCAGCAGAUGAAGCAACUCAGUACUGUAUUUUUAAAUACUAUUUUUCUGACAUUUUUAGAAUUACUUUGUGUCUGCUAUUUCAAUAACUCAUUUUAUAGCCACAGUGUGAAGGUUUUUGCAAAUUUUGAAGGUCAUUUGACUACUAGCCCACUAAGAACAUGUUCAUUUUUUGUGUGUGUUUUAAUACUAGUUGAAACUUCUACCUCAAUGUUAAGUACAUAGAGAGAGAGGAAAAAAAAAAAAAAGCCAGGCAUCUGAGAUAUAAAACAGGAUUAUAAUUGCAUCCAGGAGUAUACAGCUGUCAAACCAGGGGAGCAGAGCUCAGGUGGUUUCUGUAGUCAUGAGAUCCUCUGGGUGGAAUUAUAACCCUGUAAUUCAGAACACGGUUGACUUUUCUCAUUGUAUGAUAUAUGGGCCAGCAUCCACGUUGCGGUAAAGGCCCGUGGAUCUUUACCUUGCAUGCUACUCUGUUCCCAUCCCCAGUCUCAAAGGGAGAUCUCUUGCUGCUCUGUUUGACAAGUUUCUUUCUGCAGGCUUUGCUGGACAGUCCCUUUUCAAUACUUACCUCCCCAUAGUAGAUUUGGCACUUUCUAAAACUCCCCUGGACAGGUGAUCAAGGCAUUCGGUCCCAGCUCCAGGCAGCCCGACAAGCGCAGGCAGCAGCCUGUGGCACUGACAUUCAGCCCACGCACAGGACCAGCUCCCUGGGACAGCCUGGCUGGGCACACAUCGCCUGGCUGCCUGGGCAUCACUGUCAGCCAGAAAGCACCCGUGGAAACCCACCUGAGUUCAGGUGAAUGGAAAAGAAAGCAGACUGACACAAUAGAUCUCUCCUACAGCUGUUUCCUUAAGACCAGAAGCUGUUCGUGGGUUAAAACCACCGAUUUUCUGACAUAUAGGAUUGAGGAGGACACUGCAGAGAUGAGGGCUGCUACACUAAGGUCGCAUGACCCCCCCCCUUCCACACACGGAGGGGUGUGUGGAGUUCUCUCCUUUGAACGCAGUGCCUGUAAUGUAAACAGGUUGUGGGCACUGUGUGUGCCUUAGGGCCCGCAUCAGCCACAGCCGAAGCGUGGAGGCUUCCUCCGUGCAGCAGCAAGGGCUGAACAACAGGGACAGUAACCAACCAUCACAGGGGCAGGAGAACAGCACCCUCAUUCUCAUCAGCAAGAUUUCUUGAAGACGUUCCCAUUCAAUUAAAAAACGUGCAUGCCUUUUUUGUGUUUCACAGCUUCAGAGCACUGCUGCAUUUUAAUAGAAACUCAACUUAUGCAACCACUCUAAUAAAGACACUGAACUCCUGAGGAGAAGGGAAACUGAAUCAGUCAUCAUUCAUGUCAUAUUUGUAUCUGUUAACAUAUUUUAUACAUAAUGUGGACUACUACUACUUUAAUUUAUUAUUCCAUUAACUUCACUGUUUGUUGUGGGAAGUUAGAGCCAGUAAUCAUUCCUUUUCUCAGACAUGCUGAAUAAUAAGCAUACUGAAAAAAAAAAAAAGGUAUACUAUGCAAUGUAUCAGCUGCCUUUUAUCUGUGG